AUGAGGUUUUUCUACAUCGAUAAUUGUGUUUUCAGCGUCAACAGAAAAGAAGAACUCGCUAGAUUUAUUUCGGAAUCGCAAGCACUAUUAUCUACUUCCAUGUUUGAACUUCGAGGGUGGGAGCAUUCUCCUAUUCAAGACAAAACUGAAGAAAUGCAAGAAGACCGAAAGGUUCCAGUUCUUGGACUUCUGUGGAAUUUUCCAAAGGAAACUAUAUCUCUAGAUUUGAAAAGUUUGAUAAAAGAAGGUAAGGGACCUAUUACAAAAAGAAAAAUCCUAUCAACCGUUCAUCGAAUCUUUGAUCCGAUAGGAUUUUCUUGUCCAGUGACUCUAGAGCCCAAAUCUUUGUUGCAGGAAUGUUGGAAAUUGGGGCUGUCAUGGGAUGCUGAAUUCCCUCAGCUGAUAACCGAAAUAUUCGAACUCUGGAAGAUGAAGUUACCGAAAUUGAAUGCUCUUGAAAUACCAAGAUGUGUACGUGAGGACUUUGUAGAAGAUUCUAAAUUUUCCAUCCAUGUUUUCUGUGACGCAAGUCAGAGUGCCUACGCUACAUGUAUCUUCUUGAGAGCUGAAUCUGCUGAUAGCACGUCGUGCCAGUUAAUACAAGCUAGAAAUAGAGUUGCUCCUUUGAAAAAGAUCUCUAUUCUACGCCUAGAACUUUUGUCCUGCACAAUUGGAACUAGAUUGGCAAAAGCAACCAUCUCCGAACUUGGACUUGAGAACAUACCAAUCUUCUACUGGUCUGACUCCAUGAAUGCUUUGUAUUGGAUCAAAAGAAAUGAGAACUGGGCCACGUUCGUUUACAACAGGGUACUGGAAAUCCGUAAACUCACUAAUCCUGAAAACCGGAGGCACAUAAAUGGAACAUUAAACCCAGCUGACCUUCCAUCACGAGGUUCCAAUGCAGAGGAACUUGUGAAGUCUCUUUGGUGGAACGGUCCAAAUUGA